AUGGAAAACGUUAUUUGUGCUAAACGCUUUUAUGCCAUUUUCAUGCUGUUGGUAGCCUUUGCACCCACCGCCACAUCGUCAUCCUUGAGAGACAGCGGUUCGGAACUCCGGGCGAAUCUGGCGAAUUUCCGCAUGGUCAGGAGCGUAACGGGAAAAUCUUGGGACUUCUCCGACUGUGCUCCGGAAUGCAGACUAAAGCUAGGAGGGAAAAUCAUGAACAAGAGAAACCUGGUCUUGUCGACAUUGGAUGCCAUUAAGCUGAUCCCUUUGAUGCACAACGAGACGUUAGAAGACCGGAUGUACGUGUGGGGAGAGAUUGCCACAAUGGCGUCCCAAAGGGAGGAAGAAAUGGGCAACAGCACAGUGAGUAUUCUUCGUCCGUUUAUUCCCAUAGUGAAGGAAUACACGUCCCACCCCCUCCCUCUCAACCCCCACCUCCAAAACGAAUACAACGUUGAGGAGCUGGAUAAAUUCGAAGGUGAUAUAAUCAUCAGUCGGGAAAGCGUGGACACGAUCAUGAGCACCUAUACCGGAAACAACAACACGGGAGACAACAACACCAACAACAACAACGGCCGCUCUAAACGGAGGGCAAUCGCCUUCGAUAAUUUCUUAUGGACCGGGCCAAUAUCAUGGCAGUUUAACCGAAAUGCCUUCACCUCAGCGCAGCAAAGUCGAAUUCGACAGGCCAUCAACCACUGGCAGGACAACACGUGUGUCAGGUGCUGGUCUUAUAUUGGGAAACAGAAACACGGCCAAGAACUCUCCAUUGGCAAUACAUGUUUUAGGCUCGGAGUCAUGUCCCACGAGAUCGGCCACGCCCUUGGACUGUAUCACGAACAAUCUCGUCCUGACCGAGACCUAUACAUAUCCAUCAAUUAUGGCACCAUCCGAGGGAACCCUUCCAUUAACUUCGCCUCCAAGAACUGGCGAUUCGUCAAGACCCUGGGGAUCCCGUACGACUACUCGUCUGCCAUGCACUACGGACCAUUCGACUUCUCCAAGAAUGGGAAGGCGACUAUCAAUCCGAAGGAUCCCAGAAUGCAGCAAGUGCUCGGUCAGCGAGAGUCCUUGUCUUUCCUUGAUAUCAAGAUUAUUAACGUACUUUAUUGUUCGGAUAAAUGCGGUGGAGACACUCUAGAAUGGAGUCGCUGUAAAAAUGGUGGAUACAGGGAUCCCAAUAACUGUAAUCAAUGUAAAUGCCCCCGAGGAUUUGCGCCCCCUACUUGCGGAGGAUUAGCUCGUGGAGUGAGAGCAAACUGUGGCCGACAAUACCUACAAGCUGGCACUGAGGAAAGAUCCUUGGUCUCCCCUGGUUACCCGAACGGUUACCCUGGUAACGCGGAUUGUGCAUGGCUGAUCAGAGCUCCCUCUCAUCACAGAAUAAAGCUCCAGUUUAAGGGCACCUUUGUAUUACAAGCCACCCGUCCCACGUGUCUGGCCUACGUUGAGGUUAGAUAUAAGGAUGUGACACGAACAGGAGCCAGAUAUUGCUGGUACAGGGCCCCAGAAGACAUCUUCAUUUCUCACGGAGUCGAGACUCUAGUGCUGCUGCAUACAAAGCUAAAGGGUUUCAGGGGCUUCAAUCUCACCUAUGUCGCAGGAAACAAGAAGUAUGCUAUCCUCAACAGCAACAACAACAACGCUUGCCCGCAGCAGAGCCUUAAUAAAAGAAAUGCGGAGGUUGUGCCCGUGACGCUGGCGCGAGAGAACCAGUGUGUUUCAGAUCUGAAAAAUACGACUGUUCGGUUGAAGUUAACGCCAUAUGUGAUCGAAGACUGUGCAAAAAGAACAUCGCAAAAUAAUCCAGUAGCUUUAAGGAUAAGACCACCAGUCACCGUUCCGACGACAACAAGAGCAACAACAACAACAACAACGACAACAACAACAACCACGACAACGACAACAACGACGACACCGGCUCCGCCACGGUUCGUGUGGGGCUUGUGGGGUCCCUGUACGGCCUGCUCAGCCACGUGCGGAUUGUGUGGAAGUACCGUACGACAACGCACAUGCCUCCUGGGGAACUGUCCGUGA